AUGAAGUUGUUAAUUUGUCCCAUCUGGCAACUUGUACCUGAAUUCCAAGGGCCCACCCAUGAUUUCCAAUCUCUGCCACCUCCAACGGCUUCUGCUUCAGCUACUUCUCUUUGCAGGUUCCAGCCCUUUCAAAACCAGCUAAGCAAGACUUCUGGCCUGGUAACAAGAACAAGUUCAAGUUUACAAUUGGUUUCUAAUGGAUGGGCUAAGACUGGCUUCUCUUCUCUGAGAACCUCUCGUCUCCAAAUCUGUUGCGCUGCCAAACCUGAGACAGUGCAAAAGGUUGUGGAGAUUGUGAGGAAGCAACUGGCUUUGCCUCCAGAGUCUGAGAUCACCCCUGACUCCAAGUUUGCAUCCCUUGGUGCCGACUCUCUUGACACAGUGGAGAUAGUGAUGGGUUUGGAGGAAGAAUUUGACAUAAGCGUUGAAGAGGAGAGCUCGCAGAACAUAAGCACGGUCCAAGAAGCAGCUGAUUUGAUAGAGAAGCUGGUUGAGAAGAAAGCAGCUGCCUAA